AUGGUCCAUAUGGUUCCCCUCCUCAUUUUUAUGGAUGAUGUUUCCGGCAAUGUCUCGAAACAAUGGAACAAACAUCAUGCAAUUUACAUGUCAAAUGCCAACCUACUGCGCGAGAUGCUCGAGAAGGAAUUCUUUGUGCGAUUUGUCACAUCUUCACUGCAUGCUGCUCCCAUGGAACUCAUGCGAGCCAUGAAAGAGUCUAUUUGUAACGCUGCCGAAUCAGGUAUCAUCGCCUGGGACUGUAAGUACAACGAGGAGGUUUUGUUGAUUCUGUAUGUGCUUUUCCUCGCUGGAGACAAUCCCAUGCAAGCAGAGGAAUGCAGCCACGCUGGCCUAAACUGCAAUUAUUUUUGCAGAAGACUUGCAUCCGGUGAUGGGUACUGCAGCCUUUUUACGUCAGGCAAUCUACGAACCCCGGAAAAUACAAUGGCACAGAUCCGGCAACAGUUUGAGACCACGUUGAAGUCAGGAGCGUCGGAGAAGAUCAAGAAUUUGGUGUCGUCGACUGGUAUUCGCGAUUCUGCUUCCAGUUCAAUCCUCAAUGUGUUAGUGGAACUUGGGAAAAAACUUCGAAAGCAUGCGGCUGGCACCCAAGCAAUGCCUGAAGCUGAAGUUACAGCCGUCCUUGAGAAAGAUUUCACAGAGCUUUUGCAAGGCAAAAAGCUCGAUGAUGCUAUUAACCCAUUGUUGGGGAUGCAAGGGCUCGAUAUACACAUGGACACUCCGACAGAAAUUCUGCAUAUGAUACUGCUUGGCGUCAUCAAGUAUUUUUUGGGGCAAACCGUGUUUUUGCUCGACAAGGCAAAACUCAUGGGCAUCUUUCAAGUCUGUCUUGAGUCUGUUGAUAAGAACGGACUCAACGCUCCAUGCUUGAAUGCAGACUACAUCUGCCAUUACAAAGGCAGUUUGAUAGGGAAACACUUCAAAAGUUUGGCGCAAGUGAUGCCAUUUUUGAUUUAUGACCUCGUCCCUUCAACUGUCCUCAAUGCAUGGAGUGUGAUGGGAGAACUUGUCGUACUCGUCUGGCACACAAAGAUUGUGCAUACGGAAGCUUAUCUUCACAGUGUGCGCCCAGCAUCAUUAUAA